GUCCUGUAACAGUGUACACGCACAAAACUAUGAUCAGAACUACAGACUGACAUCAAGGAUUUCCAACAAAAUCGGGGACAUGUUCCAGCGGUUAAAAGUGCCUCUUGGAUUUGCAAGUUCCCAAGUAUGCAAGCCCAGACCAAGUGCCAACCAUCUAACUUCCAGGUUGCAGCCGAUGCGGAAGACACUAAUGGGUCCAUAUGGAGUUGACCGAGCUGUUCAUUCCCUGGAGUUUACAGAGUGUGAAAAUGGUUUAGGAAUAAAAGUAUUUGGAGGAGUAAAAGAACUAACUGGAGAUGAGUUUGGCGUUUAUGUCAAAAGGAUUUUACCCGGUGGCCUUGCUGCAGCUGAUGGAAACCUAAUGCCAGGGGAUCAGAUCCUGGAGGUGAAUGGGGACAGCCUAGUAGGAGUCACAAGUGAAAGAGCUGUGGAUAUCUUAAGAGCAGCCUCUGCAACAAACCACAUGCGUCUUCUUAUCGCCAGAGAUGAAGAAGCAAAGAGAGAAUUUGCUGAUCUGCUGGAGAAAUAUGGAUCCAACAGUAGCACAGGAUCAACACGUAACUCUCCUGUCCAGCAAGGAGGUCGCUUGCUUGAUAGCACAUCAUCUGGUUCCUCAUCCCGAUCCCAGAGUCCAUUGUUACUGAGCCCGGCGAGCUAUCAAAACAACGGUGGGGCCAUGAUGCGCUCACUCAGUCACCCUGGGGAAGGAGUGAUUCAGCUAAUUUCCAUUGCACGAUCCAAUAGUUUAGGAAUCACCAUCGGGGGAGGCUCCAACAGGCCUGAUGGUCCUGCAGUCUUCAUCCAGGAGGUGUUGUCUGGAGGAGACUGUCACAGGGAUGGACGCCUGAGGCCUGGAGAUCAGCUUAUUGCCAUUAACAAGGAGUCCCUGAUAGGUUUGACCCAUGAAGAGGCCAAAAGUAUGCUGAACAAAGCCAGACUUGGGCAAGACAAUAUGGUCGAGAUAGCCUUCAUUCCAGGUAAAGGAAUUUUUCCAAGCAGUACUUCCCUCCAUAACGGAGUCCACCGAGCGACUGGCAGCAGCUACAAUCCUGGACGCUUAAGAGUCCACAUCAGAUCACAAGAGAUCUCCGCGGAUGAGCCUGCUUCAGUGUCUUCACCUUCCCCUGACAUUUGCCCCCCAGAUAUUCAUACUUCUGAACCAACCAGCCAGAGGUCAACUACAGGGACAAAACCUAAGAUAACACUUGAUCCCUACAUACGGCUCAAAUCUGACAAGUUAGAUUUGGCUUUGUCCUUCCUUGGCUUGGAUGUGACAGAAGAGAAGAGGGAAAAGCUAAAACAAAGCAUCACCCCAGACCCACAAGGCACUGUUGCAUAUGGAGACUUUGUGGAGGCCACCCAGAGUAUCUUCCAGGAGGAUCUGGAGGAGCUGGGUUUGGGGGCAGGUCCUUUCAGUUUCUUCUAUCAUGAAGCAGCCAGUUUAAUGGAUACAUCAGCCUUCCAUUCACCUACAUAUGAAUCAGAAUGCAGCUACAGCAGUGAAGAAAUGGAACAGUUUCAUACGGAGAUAAAACAGCUGCAGAGCCAGAUGAAGCAGCUGAAGGUGAUGCUGAAGGACAUGGAGAACAGCAAGAAAACCCUUGAGGAAGAGCUGCAGAAGACAUCAAAAAAAGCCUGUGUGACGGUGGAGGAAAACACCCGUCUGAAGAGUCGUCUGCAGGCAGCUGAGAGUGAGGCGGUGCCGCGGCAGGUCAGCGGCGCUGAGCAGGACUAUGAGGAGGUUAUCCAGCUACUGGAGGCCGAGAUCAGAGACCUAAAGAACCAGCUGGCCAGCAAUAGGCAAGCACGAGGAGAACCCACUAAGGGGGAAGUAAUGGAGCUAAACAAGAGACUGACAGCCAUUGACUCCCAGUUGAGGAAGUCGGAACUGAGCAGGAAACACCUGGAGAUCUCCAACAAGAAACUGCUGAGCUUUGCUCAGAAUGUUCAUAGAGUGCUGACAACACCAAAUCGUGUUGGAGGACCGGGCGGGUCAGCUACAGCCAUAGACAGCCCUGAAACUUCACCACCUCCUGAUCCGACGUUUCAACUGGCAGUGGAGGCCAAAGAGCUGGUGGAAGGACUUGGUACCAUCACUGAAGCCACUGCUGAGGAGACAGCAACAAAUGCCACGUUAGACAUCAAUUCUCAUCUUGUGUGAGAAGCAAAGAGCCAGAAGACUAAAGGAGGACCUGAUUUGACACUAUAAAAGCUGAACAAGCAGCUGAACCUACACUUAUGCUGUGUUCCACGGAGAGAAGCGAGUCACUGUGCCAUUGUAGUAGAUUUUUAUGAUAUAAUAUGGCUUCAACCAAUAAGAUUCCUCCGUUUAAAGUGAUAAGUCACACCUUUAUUCCAAAGCUUUGCUGACAAAUAAAUGAGUGUCUUCAGCUGUCUUCUCAUUUUCUCUUCAGUGUUUGACAAUGUGAUGUGUAGACACUGCCAAAUAUUGUAACUUUUUGUGGCUGGCUGAGUGGCCAUAGCCACAACUACAAAACACUGUAAAUGUCUCUGAUUACCUUGUUAAUACUUCUGCCUGAUCCCAUUUGUAACCCAGUACACUCUAUGCAUGUGAAUCAUGGUUUGUUUUCUUGGACUGGAAGAUCCUGAGGUUCAGUUCAGACUCCUCCCAUAUGUCAUCAUGUGCUGCAGUCUGCUUUGGUUUCCUAGAUAAUAAGUUGUGCCCUUUUACCUUUAUGUUAACUUUCCUUGUGCCCUUACACAUUAAUGGAGAAAAAAAAGUUUAUGAUGAAGAUUUUCAAGAACCUUGAGCAGCAUGGGUCUUCUACAACUUUGGAUUCCAGCAUAAGAGGCUUUACUGUCAUCCAUAUGAAUGCUUGUAUUUUCUAGUUUGAGUCAUACGCAUAAGACAGGAAUGUAGUUUAUCUAGACAGUUGUAAAAGCAUUGGAGAAAAAAAAAUCAGUUGUCAUGUAAUUCAAUCAGAUUGCAUCUUUGGUGUGGCCUCAUUA